AUGCAAAGGUGUGUCCACAUACUCUCCAGGCACUAUCUUGCCCACCACCUCGGAAGUCGUGCUUCUGUAGCUCUGCUUUGCUCACGCGCGUAUUUUGUCACCACACCAUGCCUCUUUGCACGUCGGAUUAAGGGCCGUCGGACAAGGCAUCGUGAACCCGCGGAGGGCGAUUGGCUCUGCCAGUGCGGGGAACCAAAUUAUAAAUCGAAGCGCGAAUGCUACAAAUGUGGGGCGCCGGCCCCUCCGCUCCCACCUGGUGUUCGGCGUCCGUCCCUUCCCGGUGAGGACCCUCACGACUGGGCGUGUCCGUGUGGCCAGAUGAACUUUCGUGGGAGUGUUGUCUGCCAUAAAUGCCAACAGCCAAAGCCGACGCCGCCUCCGCUCCCCGGAAAGGAGGUAACGUUGUGGACGUGCCCAAAAUGUAAGGGUGUUAACAGAAACGUGCGGAAGUUUUGCUUCAAAUGCUCUUCGCCGUCACCACUACUAACGUUCAAGCCCGCUGUGUAA